AUGCCGCCACUCCAAUCCGACCUGGCGACCCAAUCCUCCACCGCCACUCCAAUCCGCCACGGCAACCCAAACUCAACACGAAUUAAAAGCUGUCGUGAGAUCCUCGUCGGUUGUGACCUCCACGAGCAGCAUGAAGCAGCCGGUGCCCGAUCCGUCAUUAGUAGCGAGCUAGAGUUGGAAGGAGAUGAGACCAGCUCUAGCCUCUAG